CAGUCUGUGCCUAUAGUCAACGAAAUAAUUAGCCAUGGAAAAACUGACUGCUUCUCAAUCCCAUAUCUCUUCCUGUUGAAUCCUUUCUUUGCAAAGCAGAAAAAAAUGGUUUGGGAAAUUUUGGGAGAGUCAUUGCUUUCUGCACUCUUUGGAGCUUUGUUUGAAAGGCUGGCAUCUCCCCUGGUCAGAAACUUCUUUGGAGACAGGGAUUUCGAUCACACACUCUUUGACAAGAUGAAGACAGUUCUGCUGACUGUUAACGCAGUGCUGAGUGAUGCAGAGGAGAAGCAGAUCACAAACAUGGCGGUGAAAGAGUGGGUCAAUGAGCUCAAAGAUGCUGCCUACCAUGCAGAAGAUUUGUUGGAUGAGAUUGCCACCAUAGCUUUGCAAUGCGAGUUGGAAGCUGAGGCCAAGGUCAAGGGAAAACAGGUAAUGGGUCUAUUCUUUGCUCAUAAUUCUAGUAAAGAAGAUAAAGAUUCCAGUCUCAAGCUUGAUAAAGAUAUAGAAUCUAGGCUCAAAAACAUAGUUGAAAGGCUGGAGUUUUUAGCACAACAAAGAGAUAUCAUGAAUUUCAAGGAGAGUGUAAGAGGGAAGCCAUUGUUGGUUUUGCCUACAACUUCUUUAGUUGAUGAAUUUGAAGUGUUUGGUAGAGAUAAAGAUAAAGAGAAGCUAAAAGAAUUUUUGCUUGCUGGUAAUGCACAAAAAGGAAGCAGAAUCCCUGUGAUUGCAAUAGUUGGGAUUGGUGGGGUUGGCAAGACAACCCUUGCUCAGCUUUUGUAUAAUGACUCAGAGGUAGAAAAAUCGUUUAAAUUUAGAGCAUGGGCUUAUGUUUCAGAAGAAUUUGAUGUUUUAAAAAUAACUAGAACCAUUUUUGAGUCGGUUGCGUCAAGGAGUUGUAAUGUGAAAGACCUGAAUUUUCUUCAAGUCAAACUAAAGGAGAGAUUGAAAGGAAAGAGAUUUUUGCUUGUUUUAGAUGACAUUUGGAAUGACAAUUUUAUUGAUUGGGAUUUGUUGUUAAGCCCCUUAAAAGCUGGAGCCUGUGGAAGUAGAAUUAUUGUGACAACUCGUAGUCAAAGUGUUGCAUCAAUGAUGCGCGCUGUAGUUAUUUAUCGUCUGUUGCAUUUGUCAGAUGAAGACUGUUGGUCACUAUUUGCAAAACAUGCAUUUAGGACUAGCAACCCUGAGGAACAUCCAACAUUAAAAAGGAUUGGUGAGAAAAUUGUGAAAAAGUGUAAAGGCUUGCCUUUAGCUACAAAAGUACUUGGAGGCCUCUUGCACCCAGAAUUGGAAGCUGAGGAAUGGUAUAGAAUACUGAAUAGCAAGACAUGGGAGCUUUCUACUGAUAAGAGUAGCAUACUUCAUGCUUUAAUGUUGAGCUAUUAUCAUCUACCUCCACAUCUCAAACAAUGCUUUUCUUAUUGUUCAAUAUUUCCCAAGGGAUAUGAGUUUGAAAAAGAGAAAUUGGUUCUCAUGUGGAUGGCAGAAGGUUUCUUGCAACAUCGAAAAGGUAAAGACACCAUGGAAGAGGUUGGGUGCAGGUAUUUUCAUGAACUAAUAUCAAGAUCAUUUUUUCAACCAUCAAAUCGCGACAAAUUGUGCUUUGUGAUGCAUGACCUUAUCAAUGAUUUAGCUCAAUUUGCAUCUGGAGAAUUUUGUUGCAAGUUAGAGGAUGGCAAACUGAAUGAAAUUUCAGAAAAGGCUCGAUAUUUUGCAUGGUCAAUUAAGCGGCUUGAUGGUCCUGAGAUCUUUGUGGCCCUACAGGAAGUAAAGUCUCUGAGAACAUUCCUUCCACUAGGCUUUUCAAAUACCAGUCAAUGCUCUGCCUUAAGUAAAAUAGUUAGUGAUAAAUGGUUGCCAUUUCUAAAACACUUACGUGUGCUUUCUUUUGCUUGUCAUGUGAUCACUGAUCUACCUGAGACUUUGGGCAAAUUGAUUCAUCUACGCUACUUGGACCUUUCCCAGACUUCAAUAAAAAAGCUACCUAGUUCAAUAUGUUCUUUGUAUAAUUUGCAGACAUUGUUGUUGGCAAGUUGUAUUGAACUCGCUGAGCUACCAGCAAACUUUGGAAACCUUAUUAAUUUACGUCAUCUAGAUGUGAGUGAAACCAACUUAAGAGAGAUGCCACUUGAAUUUGGAAGAUUAAAGAGUCUCCAAGUGUUAACUGAUUUUUUUGUGAGCAGAAAUAGUGGGCGGAAAAUCAGUGAAUUGGGCAAGCUUGCACACCUUCGUACAAUUUCCAUCUCAAGGAUGCAGAAUGUAGUUGAUGCUACAGAUGCUUCAGAGGCUGACUUGAAAAGUAAGCAUUGUCUUAAUGAAUUAGCUUUCACAUGGACCUCUAGCACUCACGAGGUACAAAAUGAAAUAGACAUACUUGAUAAUCUGCAACCUCAUAAAAAUUUGAAGAAGCUUACAAUUGAAAACUAUGGUGGUUCAAGGUUUCCCAAUUGGUUAGGUGCUGCCAUUUUCUCUAACAUGGUGUUCCUUUGUCUUAGCAAGUGCAAAAUUUCUACGUCCUUACCACCACUGGGUCAUUUAUCAUCUCUUCAAGGGCUCUACAUCAUAGAGAUGGAAGUAUUAAAAAGGUUGGAUUCUGGAUUUUAUGGGAAUGGCCACUUUGGAGUCAAGCCUUUUCAAUCUCUUAGAACUUUGUUGUUUGAGGACUUGCCAAGUUGGACACACUGGAUACAUUUAGCAAAUGAAGGUGAACACUUCCCCUCCCUCCAACAGCUUCAUAUACGUGGAUGUCCAAAAUUGAUUGGGACCUUACCAAAGCACCUCCGUUCCUUGAAAGAAAUGAAGCUGCAUGAUUUGGAUGCUUUGAUGACCCUGUCCCAGGAAUUGUUUGAAGGCAACUCUAGUUUCCAACGACUGGAAAUAGUUAAUUGUCCUUCUCUCAGCUCCUUUCCUGGAGGUGAUUCUCUCUCUAACGUAAAAACACUUUCUAUUUGUGAUUGUCGAAAUUUAAAGCCCUUUCUACUUGAGCAUUCGAUGCACCCAUUUAGAGUCCUUGAGAGUUUGCAAGUAAUGAGAAGCUGUGAUUCUCUUCAAUCUCUACCAUUAGGUUUAUUUACCAAGCUUCAAGAUCUUCAUAUUGAGGACUGUAGGAAUCUCAAGUCCCUUUCAAUUCCAAACAACCUUCACUUUGAUCUCACUUUUCUUCAAAAAAUGAAAUUCAAGGAUUGCCCAAAUCUGGAAUUCUUUCCAGAAAAGGGGUUGCCUACUCCCAACCUACAAUCUCUUUUGAUUACCAACUGCAACAAUCUGAUGCCUCAGAAGGAGUGGGGCUUGCAUAGAAUGGUGUCACUGACUUGUUUUGAGAUUGAAGGUGGAUGUAGUAACUUGGAAUUGUUUCCGGAAGAAGGGCUGCUGCCCAACACCCUCACUUCUCUUCGUAUCAGCAGACUUCCACAUCUCAAAUUCAUAGGCCAAGGGUUUCAGCACCUCACGUUGCUGGGAAAGUUGGAGAUCAAUUGCUGUGAGAAGCUUGAGUUGAUGCCAGAAGAGGGGUUGCCUGCCUCCCUUUUAACUCUUCAUAUCCAAAACUGCUCUUUGCUAGCCGAUCCUCGCCAAAAGGACGGAACUAAAAAGAGGUUCUGCUCCAGCGUUUUUUCAAGCAGCAGUCAAAACAAAAAACUUACUAUGAAUAGGGCACUAUCCACUGGCUUCCCCCAUCCCUAAAAGCCCUCCUCUUACCAGCAGCUAAGGAAUUCCUGCAGCGGCAAGAAAUGUAGUUGAUUUGUUGGACAAAUUGGGGCUAGAAGGAGCUUACUUUUAUCUGGAUGACCAGGGGCUUCAGCACCUUACUGCUCCAGUCUAUCCCAAAAAGGGUCUUCCAUCCUUGUCUUUUAUCUGGAGCAGAAAAUGCUCUCUGCUGAGACCAAAACUCCAAAAUGAGAAAAAAUAUUGGUCUAAGAUAGCUCAUAUCUCUUUCAUAGAAACUAAUAAGGAAGUAUAGAAGAGUCCCUGUCUGAAGCAAUGAAAACACUAUCACCAAGGCUAAUUUUGAAGACUGCUGGGGCCACCAGCAAGUGCUCAAAUUUAUGUGGGUUCUUCUGCAGUUAUUCACUAUUACUUCCUUCUUCUUGUCAUGUACAGCAACUGGAGGAUUUUUGAAGAAGUCUGGAUCCACUUCUGAAGUUCUUAUGCAAGUUAGCUGGGCAGUAGUUUUUGUUUUUGUAUUCUUAUUUACUGUAAUUAUGUGAUAUGUUAGUCCUGAGGUUAUUAUCAUGUAUACUGAUCAGUUUAUCAUUGCUUCUAACGAUUCUAUAGCAUCGGCCCAAAGUAGUUUUCUUAUGUGGGGAGUUAUAUUCUCAGAAGAAGGCUCUUAAGCAUAUGUGCAGAUGUCUUUAAAGAAUUAGUUUGGUUUAUUUUGGGGCUGGAGUUGAGAUUGAUUCAUUCACACAG